AUGAUAUGCUCGGACUCGGCCGUGAGUCAGAUGAUGAUGGUACACCAGCAGCUGCAGCAGGUGCAGCGCGAGGUUCGUCUGCUCCCGCUCCCGGUGGGCCAAGUCCGCCAACGCCUGUGCCAUCAAGACCCGCUGAUGCCAAUCCGGGGCAGCACUGUGACCCGCUUCCCGCAGGACCACCGGGGUCGAGUGCUGAUGGCGGGCCACUGCCUGCCAAUGCAAAGGCAAAGGCGAAUGGAUGCAUUCAUUCCGCUGGACCGUCUAGUCCACAUGCGCCAAGUCGUGCUGGUGGGCCACCAGUCCCAUGUCCUGCCAAGGCCAAGGCCGAUGGAUACGUUCUUCCCGCUGCACCGCCUGCUGGCGCCCAUGGGGCCAAGGCCAACGCUGUGCCCACACCAACGGUCAAAGCGGCCAGAGCGGCCCCGAUUGGACACCCGGCACCAAUGCCAAGUCCUCCCCGGCCCAUGGGGUCAACGCCGCCCUGCCCGGACCAACAGCACCAGCGGACACCCGGCACACAUCGGUGUUGGCCUUGGCAAUGGAUCUGGAUCACCAAUGAACGUGCACGCGGCAAAUGGGCAGAUGACGAUGCCGCUUGCGUAUGUGAAUGUGCCACACGUCCUCCAGCAGCAGCCAAACACUGGUGGCUUCAGGGUCAAUGUCAGUAUCGAGGUGGUCAUUCGACCCUUGCCGCCGCCACGGGAGCCGGAUGCAGAAGCAUGA